CGUCCGCAGCAACCUCAGCACCGCCAUCACCUACCGCGACACGAUGCGGCACCUGAUCUCAUCCUCCGCUCCACAUCCUCUCACGCACUCCAUUUCUUCUACGCACCCCACUCCCCUCGCCCUGCGAUAAUCGGUGCCCACCCCUCCAUUAGGAGGGAUAGGCCUGUGCGAUGAGGGUCUCUACACAGUCGACGAGGGGCUGGAGCGAUGCGUCGGGGGGCGGGUGGGCGAGUGGGGGGAUGAAGGCAAGACACUCCCGUGCUAUGAGCAAGUCCAGCAGCUCCUCCUUUGGCCCUCCGUGGCGGCUGAUGGUGUCGUCGAUGUCCGACAGCAGCUGCUGGUGCACCGCCGUGGCCUCGUCGAGGCCGUGCUGCAGGAAGUGCUGGGGCCCCGCCUGGGCCUGGGCCUCUAGAGAGCGGACAAGCCGCUCGUAGAGGGUGCCGCUGCCGAUUUGCUGGUAUGUGCCCCACCCUUGAUGGCCGCGGCCCAUGACGGGUGGCUGCCAGCGCCGCCAUCCCCACGCUCAUCGCCGUUGCAUAGACGUCGCUGUACUGGCUUUUGGCCAGGUACUGGCGGCCGGCGGCGUGGGAGAGGUAGUAGCAGAGGGAGAUGAAGGGAUCUGGUGAUGGGAUGCUGAAGACGGGGUUGAGGGCCUUGUGAAAGUCUUCGCCCUUCUGCAUCUCCCUCACCGCCUCGUGGUCGAUGUGGACCACCUCCAUGUGGCCCCUCGUGCCGACCACCAGCAGGUUGCUGGCAUGAGCAUCCCCAUGGAUCAGCCACCCCUGUCGCUCCUCGUCCCUCCUACACAGCCGCGGGAUGUUGGUGGACAUGCCCACGUCGAGAUAGCUGCGGCAGAAGAGCUCACGCAGAGGGGGCGAGUGGGGCUUGAGUGGGAGGCACUCCUGGCUCUCGUCGGCCUCCACAGGCACGGGCAGCGUCUUGGACUUCUGGAAGUCCCUCAUGGCGGUGAGGGCGCGAGAAGGCCGCGAUGGAUGGCUGGGCGGCUGAAGACCUUGGCUUCUGAGUCGCAGCCGGGCAGGUCUUGUCGAUGAAGGUCCCAACGAUUAUAAAAUGUAGGCAGCGAUGUCAGGUCUGCAGGCAGAGACAGAUUGCCUGAAUGCACACAA